GACGAACAAUGUUGUUGAUUCUGGUGUUUAUUUCCUUAUUUGUGGCAUUAAUAUAUUAUGGAACAUAUAAAAGAAAUUAUUGGAAGAAUCGUGGAGUUGUACAAGUGAAUGGGCUGUUAUCUAGAUUUAUUUGGAGCAAUCGAUCUAUAUCAGAAAUUUACAAGGACUUGUAUAACGAAUAUAUAAAAGAUUGUUAUAUUGGAGUAUUUUUUGGGAUAAAACCGGCGCUUAUAAUUAAAGAUGUGCGCGACGUUCAAUUUGUUAUGCAAGGUAACUUUGAAAGUUUCUACAGUCGUGGUAUUGAUACCAAUCCUAAUGAUAUUUUAGCAGAUAACGUUCUAUUUAUGGGCGAUUAUCGUCGCUGGAAACUGUUGCGUCAUAAACUUUCACCUAUAUUUACGAGCCUGAAGAUAAAAAAAAUGUUUUACAUAAUGGAAAGAUGUGCUCGUGAUUUCGUUAAAUUUGUUGACAGUGACGAAUACGUAACUGGAAACACUUUUAACGCUUUAUAUACUUACACAACAGCUUGUAUUGGAGCUACAUUAUUUGGUAUCGACACUCAAACUAAGAAUACUAUGGAAUCCCCAUUCUUAGAAAUGACUCGCGAAUCAAUUGAACCAUCUUUGAUCGGAAAUUUGAAAUUUACCCUUGCCAGCUUAUCGCCGACUUUGUUUAAUUUGUUUAACUUAAAACAGUUUGGUAAAUACGAAGAAUUUUUCGUAGGCACGGUAAAGAGAGUUUUUGAAAAACGUAGGAAUGACAAACAAAAGCGACAUGAUUUCGUUGACCUCUGUUUGGAAUUGCAAAAGCAAGGAACAAUGAAAGAUCCCGUUACUGGUUACGAAAUAGAAGCUACUGAUGAAGUACUAGCAGCUCAAGCAUUCUUCUUCUUUCUAGCUGGUGUUGAUACAUCAGCCACAGUUAUGCAUUUUGCUUUACUUGAACUGGCAAGUAAUAAAGAUAUAAAAAAUAAAGUCCAUGAAGAAAUUGAUAGAGUUUUCAACGAAUGUGAUGAAAAAUUGACCUAUGAUGAUAUUGAUAAAUUAGAAUAUUUAGACAUGGUGUUGAGUGAGACGAUGAGAAAAUACCCACCAAUCGGUGCUAUUCAAAGGAGUUGUGCUAAGUCCACAGUUUUACCCGUGGGUCAAGUAAAAGUUAUAAAAGACGACAUUAUUGUAAUACCAAUUUUUGCUUUGCAUAGAGAUGAAAUGUUGUACCCUAAUCCAGAUGUAUUUGAUCCAGAGCGUUUUUCACCAGAAAAUAUCUCAAAAAUUGUUAAAUUUAGUUAUUUACCAUUUGGUGAAGGAAACCGUAUGUGUUUAGGUACAAGGUUCGCACGUGUUCAAGUCAAGUCUGGUUUGGCGUGGCUUCUUCGUAAAUAUACACUGAAGGAAGAGAAAUACGAACCGAGAUCCUUCGCGCCCAGUUUCUUCAGUUUGAGGGAUUCAAAAGCUAAUUUCAAAUUAAUUUCUAGACGUUGAUUCCAUAUGAGUUUUUUGGCCAACCAAAGUAGAUAAAAACUUAGUAACUGCACAUGUGUUUUUGAAACAGUUUGGCGUGCCUCGUGUUUUAGUAAUUUAACAAUUAUAUUUGUCAGGCGUUAACGACGAAUGUUUUGAUUUAUAAUAUUGAUAUAUUGUAUUGACUUAUUAUAUCUUUGUUGUUCAAGCGUUUGAAAUGUUCACAAUUUAUUAUCAUUUGUAAUUAGAACAUUUAUAAUUAUACAAUAUAUAUAAAACGUAUGAUUGAUGUGAAAACACCAUACUUAGUAAAGUUAGAACGCUUUAUAAUGUCAUCGUUGUUUAUUUGGUUGGAGUGAUCGUCGCUCUGGGUGCUUUUCAGAACAAUUUUAAACUAAAACAAUUACACAAUAAAACUGACUGAAUAGAUGUAUAAAAUAAUAAAUUAAUCACUAAUCUAAGCCAUGAGUAUGUUAUAUAAAAAUACUCUAUAUUUUUAAUAAUCAUUAGAAAAUAUGUCAUACGUUUUAGUAUAAUAAUUUGUAAUUACCAUUUACAUUUUGCUCUUUGUAUGAGUUACUUUUUUGACAAGCUUUUAUAUCAUAUCAAAUGCGUAAACCUAAG